GAAAGAGGAAACACGUAGAGACGCGACACACCAGCGAAAAAGAGCCUGCGCGCAGCUCCAGCUUCAAGGAGCGUCCGCUGCCUCCUGGAGAAGCCUGGCCGCCGGAGAGCUCCAUUGUUCGGACACACACAGGCUCGAUUCUCCGGGUCCCUCCCACCCACUCCGGUUCUGGACGAAGGGGGUCACCCAUGCAAAGCGUGUGGAGGAUGGAGGAAUUUGUGACCGAAGAGGAAGAGCCAUGGUACGACCAGCAGGACCUGGAGCAGGACCUCCACUUGGCGGCAGAGCUGGGAAAGACUCUCCUGGAGAGGAACAAGGAGCUGGAGGACUCCUUGCAGCUGAUGUACAUCACGAAUGAAGAGCAAGUGCAGGAGAUUGAGUACCUAUCAAAGCAGCUGGAUGUUCUGCGGGACAUGAACGAGCAGCAUGCCAAAGUGUACGAGCAGCUGGACGGGACGGCCCGAGAGCUUGAACACACCAACCUCACUCUUGUGACAGACAGCAAGACCUCGCAGCAGAAGAUCGAGAGAUUAACAGGGACCAUUGAUACUCUGCAGAACCAGGUGGAGUCCCUUUCGGGGCAGGUGGAGCAGCUACGCUCCAUGGAGCAGCUCCGUGUCAGGAGGGAGAAGAGGGAGCGACGCAAGACCAUCCACUCGUUCCCCUGCCUGAGGGAGCUCUGCACAGCACCCAGGUAUGAGGAUGAGUUUGUAGUGGGCAGGGCUGAAAGCUUUACCGUGGAGGCCAAGCUUCCACCGUUUGAAGAGGAGAACCAGCACCUGAGGGAGGCGGUGUCGGCCCUGCGUGCAGCCGUGCGCACCGAGAGGGGGCGGAGAGAGGGUGUGGAGAGGGAGUGCAACCUCCUGCUUUCGGAGUAUUCGCGGCUGCAGAUGCGAGUGCAGGACGCUGAGGGCUGCCACACGAGGGUACGAGAGCUGGAGGUGGAGCUACAGGAGCUGCAGCAGCUACGUCGCGCUCGAACCUUCCUGCUGGGCGGCGAGGAUGACGGCGUGAAUCUCACCCAGACUGUCCUCAACCGCACGCCGGAGACUGACACCUUCCUGGAGGUGGAGGUCGCGGAGAUGGGGGGAGGGGUGAGGGAGGAGACAGAAGGUGGAGGGGGCGUCGGGGGUGCAGCAUUACCUGAGUCCAACCCUGUGAGGAAAAGCUGCAGCGACACAGCGCUCAACGCCAUCGUGGCCCUCGAUGCGUCCGGCCGCAGGAGAGGCAGCUACGCCCUGCACGCCAACAGCGUGAGGAAGAGAGGGAUGUCCAUCCUCAGAGAGGUGGACGAGCAGUACCAUGCCUUACUGGAGAAAUACGAGGAGCUGUUAGGGAAGUGUCGUCGCCACGAGGAGAGCCUGUGUAACGUCGAGGUUCAGACUUCCCGACCAGUCUCCCGAGACCCAUCCAUGAAAGACUGUGCUAUGGGCCCCAUCCCGGUACCACCGCCAAGUCCUACCCAGUCGCCAUCAACCCCUGAAGCCAUCGAGAGCAUCAGCAAGCAGGUGGAUGCGGUGGAUAAACGACUGGGACAAAACACGCCAGAGUACAAGGCCCUUUUUAAGGAGAUCUUCUCUCGUAUCCAGAAGACCAAGAUGGACAUCAAAGCUACCAAAGCUGUUAAAUCUAGCAAAUCUGGCAAAUCUGGCAAAUCUAGUAAACACUAGCGGUUAACUGAUUGGUUGAUUAGAGAAUGGUUAUGUGUCUGAGAAUAGGUUUAGUGUAAACAUUCUUGUAGAGGGCGAUAUCGGGGGGAAACUGAUCAAUUUAAGUCUAGUUCACUUUUGCUAAAACCACACUAAUAUGUUUUUGUUUUUUUAACGCUUCAACCCUCCCACAGAUACGCCUGGCGUCCACACUACUCUGGAGUUCGGAAACGCUGCUUGACGGGUUUUAUUUUGAAAACUCUGGAGCUGUGUUUUAGUCUGGACGGGAAGAAAGGGAGAUGUUUGGAAAAAAUGACACAGAUAUUUACAACUGCUUGCUGAUUGGGUCUUUUUGGUCAUGACUUAGUUUUAACUAAUUCAUCAGGCUCUAUCACAUGAACUUCUGUUAGAAAUCAACUGGCAAUAGCCUCGGUAACCAGUGUAGAACGCAACAUGGAUCAUCAAUUACAAGCGUUGCUGACCCUAUUGUAUUUGCUAACAGCUGUUGUGCAGUUAAAUUCUGUAUUUUACAAUGAUACAACUGUUAUCAUGAGUACGAGACAAGCUAUCAUUACAGCAAUCGGCGACAAUUCCCAUGUCCAGCGGGACGAGCAUGCCUUCCUGUUUGCACCGGCACACAAGCCCGGUGUAUGUGAAUGGUCACAUGAUAUGCGUUUUUAGGCGUGUUGGUAUGGACGGGGAUUAAAACUGAUACAGAGCCAGAACGAUUGUGCGGACAAAGAUCGGUUUUGGUUUGAAUAAGUAGGAUGUAGCCUUUACCUGAGGUCGAGCAAGACUGCAUGGCUUUAAUCCAGAAUUGAAACCUUCCAGUAUACACAAGUAUCUGAUUAGCAUGUAAUCAAUUUUAGCCCCUGCAGAAUUUAGUCAAAUGCAGCAUAUAAAACAUGAAUGAAUCUGUUAAGGACUAUAGAUCACCCCCUUCAUAUCAUUUGAUUCAGUGUUUCUAAUUCAUAUAUCCUGGCUUCCCUGCCUUAAUACCGUUAAGGCAAAUACUACACCACAAUAACACAAUAACAGCAACAUGCCCGUGAUGCUCACAACUGCAUGAACGCUAAGGCUAAACGAGAAAAUUGCAUUAGGAACAUGAGUGGAAAUCUAAAAUAAGCAUUAAAUUGAACUAGUAGAUUUGUUAUUAUAGUGGACUAACAUUCGUGUGAUUGCAUUAAGAAAGAUAAAUAUUGACCCUCUCAUAUAUUGACGCAAAUGAUGCGUCAAUAUGUUUGUGUGUGUCUGUCUGUGCCUUUUGUGAAGUAGAAUGACAUUUUGAGAUGUAUUUGAAGGAGUUUAAUGUUCAAAGCCACUGUCAUGCCUGGCUACAGCUAGUAGUGGAUUUUCAUAGCAUAGCAAAAAGCGUGAAAUCAGGGGUUGACUCACGAUUGGUCGAACAUAUGUAUUGGCGGGACCUUGCUACCGAGGCUCCAUCUUCUUAUGGCUAAUGUGCAGACUCUUGCUGUAAAUGCACAAGAUGGCAGCCUUCAUGUCCGGGAUAUUUUGGCUUCUGGAUAGUCGGAGGAAGAGGAGACGCAUUGUCAACCUUUAUAUACAUGUCUCUAUGAUGCUAAGCUAACCUCCUGCUGGCUGUAGCGUCAUGUUUAGCAUGCAUACAUUAAGUGGUAUCAAUAUUUCCUCAGACACCUCUAACUGUCAGCGAAAAAGCAAAUAAGCAUUUAUCUAACUAUGUUGCUGAGUCAACACUUGGGCGCGUUCUCCUUUAACUCAAAGACAGCAUUUGAGAUCACGUGUAAAACGAGGUUGCUAACUGUGAAGCUUCAGAAAAGGCAGACUGGAAAUUUUGUUUGCUUUUCGAAAUUAUACAUGUCCCUCUACAGUUUACACUUCAGCUCUCUUGUAGGAACUGCAGUAGGUCUGAAUUAGCCUAAAUAAACUUGCCCAUUGAAAUUUAUGAAGCAUUGCUGUUUAUUCACUGUACAUUGCAAUAUCUACAGUAUAAGCUGCAAGGAGUGAUGCUUCCACUAAAUGCUAAAAAGCUGC